AUGAGAGGGGAGCCCUUCAACCCUGCCAUGAGGCCAGACCAUCACAAACACCCCGACAGCAAGCCCUCCAUAGCAGGCCACGGCCAACAGAAUGUGAAGUCCAUGGACAGCUCGCGGCCUGUCAUACGCUCCUCUGAGUCCAGUGGACCCCCACCCUCUCUGCAGGACAAAGAGAAGUUCAGGCAGGAGUCCAAGGCGCCAGUGGCCCCCAAAAAGGAGGUGAAGCUGAAGAACAUGGGCUCGUGGGCCAGCCUGGCGCAGAAGGCCACGUCGGCGCCGUCGUCGGCGCUGAAGUCGUCGAGCGACAGCUUCGAGCAGUUCCGCCGGGCACUGCGGGAGAAGGAGGAGCGCGAGAAGGCCCUGAAGGCUCAGGCGGAGCAGGCGGAGAAGGACCGCAUACGCAGGGAACAGGAGAAGCUGCGGGGUCGAGACGAGGAGGAGGUGAUGGAGGCCCCCCGCAGGGUCCACGAGGAGCCCCGCAGGCGGCAGGAGCAGCAGCACAUGCAGCCCCCACCCCAGCAGCAGCAGCAGCAGGCGCCGCCGCAGCAGCAGCAGCAGCAGCCUGAGCCCCAGCCGGCCCCCGUCCAGCAGGCUGUCCAGCAGCCGCCCACGCCCCCCCAGCCCGCUGCACACAACCCCAUGGACCAACAGAGGGAGCUGGCGCGCCGUCGGGAGCAGGAGCGCCGGAGGAGAGAAGCCAUGGCGGCCACCAUUGACAUGAAUUUCCAAAGUGACCUAAUGGCUAUCUUUGAGGAGAAUCUGUUUUGAGGAAUGAAAGAAAGCAAUUGAAACCUAACUGCAAAAAAGGAAAAAAAUAAUAAAAUAACAACUACAAAAAAAUAGUACAAGGGGGACAGAGACUUCCUGUGGAGGCGGGUCGGAGAAAGCGGUCCGUCGGUGGAGGGGGUUACAACAUCAACAACAUCAACAAAGGGACAGAUGGGACGCAGAGGGGGGGCCCUAGGCCGCUGAGACAGACUUUUCGGGUUUCAACAGCUGAGCGGACAGAUGUGUGCGGCUGCUCGUGCCCUCGUGACAAAAGACAGUAGGAGGGUGGCGCGGGAUAACCGCCAUUGUUGCUGAUGUCAUUUCCUCAAGGACUUCCUGGCCCGCGGACUUCCUGGCCCGCGCCCCUUCGGGGGGGGGGAAAUCCCGAUACGGUUUGUCUUCUCUCGCAGGCGAACCGGGCUGACGGUUUGGAGGGGGGGGGGGGAGGAGACAAAAAAAAACGACGCUCUGAAAAUGCUCUGAUAAUGUGCUGACAGACUGUGCCGCGGCAUUCUGUUCAACUGCCACAUGCCUGGUGUGGCGGAGAAAGACACUUUUUUUUUUUUUCUUUCCUUUUUUGUUUUGUGCGUGUGUGUGUGUUUUUAUUUGUGUUUGGUUCGUCGUAGGUGACACACAUGAAAUGACGGUGACUCGG